AUGGGUCCAAGGGGCUGCAUUGCUUUGGUCAUAAAUCCUGGCAAAGGCCUUCCUGACACAGGCUCUGCUCUUAAAGUCCAGCUGCUGGCGUCCUCGUUACUCCUCAUGGGUAAUUCAGAAGGGGCGAAAGCGGGUUCCUGGCGCUUAAACCAGAUGACCUGGGUACACUCCGAUAACAAAACGAGGGUUGAUGAAAUUUACGAAGCUAAGGAUACCACAUUAGGAAAACGGUCAAAAGCAAAAAUUGACUCGUUGACCUAUUCGAUUUGCGACCUGGAACAUCUGAACGCUCAACAAAUACGGAACGACUCUUGCGGCGUAUCGCUCAAUAUUGCCCUCGAGCUGGACAGAUAUCAAAACGACAUUACUGCACUGUCUGAAACCCGUCUGGACUGGCAUCAUUGGCAGACAUGCUACGAAGGUUCUUGGGCUUUCCGCAAAAAACAUCAAGACUGGUUUGAUGAGAAUCGACCUGGCAUUCUUAAUCGUUUGCAAACAAAGAAAGAAGCCCUUAAAAAUAAACUUGCAAUCCAGACUCUUAAUCUUACAUGGAUAGAAUUACGAACAAAGUUCAAAGUUCGGCAAGAAAACGAUUAG